UCACGGGAGGAAGAGGAAGAGGAAGAACGUAACCUACAGGGUGAAGUGGGAGGCGGUGUCCAUCUUAUUUACACCGGUGAGCUUGCUAAAUUUUUCAUCUGUCGGAUUUUUCAAGAGUGUAAAAGUGCAAACGCCGGGUCUUCAGAGAUGAGCAGUUCAGAGGAAGUGUCAUGGAUCUCCUGGUUCUGUGGACUGAGGGGGAAUGAGUUUUUCUGUGAGGUGGAUGAAGACUACAUCCAGGACAAGUUCAACCUGACAGGACUCAAUGAGCAGGUUCCUCACUACCGCCAGGCCCUGGACAUGAUCCUGGACCUUGAACCAGAUGAGGAGCUGGAGGACAAUCCCAACCAGAGUGACCUGAUCGAGCAGGCAGCUGAGAUGCUGUACGGCCUCAUCCACGCACGCUACAUCCUCACUAACCGAGGCAUCGCACAGAUGUUGGAGAAGUAUCAACAGGGAGAUUUUGGUUACUGCCCCCGGGUCUAUUGUGAGAAUCAGCCUAUGCUUCCUAUCGGUCUGUCAGACAUCCCAGGAGAGGCCAUGGUGAAGCUGUACUGUCCUAAAUGUAUGGAUGUCUACACACCCAAGUCCUCCAGGCACCACCACACAGAUGGAGCCUAUUUUGGUACUGGCUUCCCCCACAUGCUCUUCAUGGUUCACCCCGAGUACAGGCCCAAGAGGCCCGCCAACCAGUUUGUCCCAAGGCUGUACGGCUUCAAGAUCCACCCCAUGGCCUACCAGCUGCAGCUGCAAGCAGCCUCCAGCUUCAAGAGCCCCGUCAAGGCCAUCCGCUAGAGCGUCGAGGAGGAGGAGGAGGAGGAGGAGGAGGAGGAGGAUUCGCAGACAGAAGACAGGAAAGAAUUAUCAUCAGAAGGGGGGGGGUCACCUGCAUUCUAGAAAGCUUUUCAGAUGCCCCCUCCCCACCCUGAAGACUGUAUUAUUUUGGUUUAGUUUAGGGCAAAUGAAAAAGUGUAAAGAUUUUUGAGUGUGAGCGAGACAGAAAAACGCACAGCCAUGAUCUUAAUCACACACACACACACACGCACGCACUCAUACACUCAUACAUUAAAAAAUGAAUAAAUAAAUGCAUCCACACACUUGGGAUUCCAUGCACGUACGUUACCAAACUCAUCAGUGCCAAAAAAACAGGAGGUGAGGUAAGAGGAAGGAGUCCAUGCUGCUUAUGCUGUUCACUCACAUUACGAGCACACUGAUGAGAGAAUGAUAUGACGGGUGGGUGACGGUACAGGGAACUUCUCCCUGUAGAGAGGGUUUUAUGUCCAGGGACGGAAAGCUGAAAGUACAAUGACUGGGUCAGUUUCCAACUCUGGCUCUGUGUUUGUUCUGUAUUUGGCUCAGUUUGGUAAAGGGUGGUGGUAAACCCUCUCCGUCAUUGGAACCUCUCCCUAUUAGCCCCCCCCAAUGCAUGUACACUCAGGCUGGCAUUCGCAGAGACAGUUUGGACGGUGGCGACGGGUGUUUUUCUGCAUCACUCGUUUUGUUUCUUACAUUUGCUUACUGGUUUGUCUGAUGUUUCGAUGUGUUGUUACACAAAGCAUUCUGUAGAAUUUGCCUUAAGAUUCAGAAGAAGAAAAAGAUUCAGAAGAAGAAAAACACCCAGAUUGUUGUUUUUUUUUCCCUUGAAGAGGCACAAGCAAAAUUAGUUGAUUUUCUUCUUUGUGCUGUUAGAAGACGUAAAGUAGAAAUAGAUUAAACUAACAUGAAUUUCUGAAUCGUUCAGACAAUUGUAAUCAGCCUGUGUCAUUUGUCCAGCUGUCUGUGCGUGUGUCAAACAAAUGUCUGUAUUGGUACCUAAGUGAAAAUAUAACCUGUGCUACAUUUUUUUGCGAGACGUGUGCCCCUCUGCUGUAGCGGGCUUAGCUGAGUUUGUAUUGUCACCGCCCUUCCCUCGUAGCUCCAUCUCCUUUUUUAUAAAUAGGUUGACAUCUUGGGAAAUACGCUUUGCUUUCUGGCAGAGAGUAGAUGAGAGGAUUGAUACGGCUAUAUGGUAAUAUGAAGCUACCACGAGCAACCAGUUAGCUUCACUUAACGUAAAGAUCGCCUGGCUCUGUCCGAAAGGUUGCAAAAUCUUCCUACCAGCACCUCUAAAGCUCACUAAUCACCACAAUAUAUCUCCUCAGUUAAUUCCUAUAAAGUGUGAGCAUAAAAUCAAUAAAUUGCCUUUUUUUUUUAUAGGGGUUAUCCGCUGGUUAGCAGUUGGUAGGCAACCAGUGUUAACUCAUGGAAGUUACUGGUCCUCACCAAGACCGGCACAUAACCACCUGUAACACCACUAUGUCAAGUUUUAGCUCCUACCAGCAGUUCUAAACCUCACUAAUUAACACAUAUCUCAUUUCUGUACAAGUCUUUUUGUAAUUUAUAAAAGCCUUUUUUUUUUUUUUUUUUUUUUUGCCAUUUUACAGGGGCUGUGUGCUAGUUAGCAGUUGCUAGGCAACCAGUAUUGACUCCAGGAAGUUACCAGUCCCAACCAAGAAGUAGUCCGGCACAAACGUACCCCUGAGAAAAUGGCAAAUUGAUGUUUUUAGGCUUUUUGUGCGUAUUAAACAAACAAGAAAUGCGUUCGUUAGUGAGCAGUGGAGAUGUUGGUCAGGCUGUCUCCCUCCCUGGUUCCAGUUAAGCUAACCGUCUGCUGGUAGUGGCUUAAUAUUUGAGAGUGGUGUCACUCUUAAUAUUGCCCUAAAUAUCAAACUAUUCCUGUAAAGAUCAAGGAGGAGACUCAGAGAAAGAGGAAUUUAGACAAUCUGAAUCCUUCAGCUCACUCCACCAUUGCACUGAUCCUACUGGGGUGUCUCCACAGCACAGUCUCAUUAUUUAUGUUCAGGUUUAGAGACAGUCAGACCACCAGCCGCUUUUUCUUUCUUUUUUUUGGUUUGUUUUUGAAACAGCGGGGCAGACACUCAGUUGCCCCUCCCUUCACUCUCCACUUUAUUUUUGUGUGACUGGAACAGAUUGUUUUUUUGGAUUUCAUGAUACAAGAGAAGCGGUAUUUAUGUGUCCAGAUUUUAACAAAUAUUUGUCUGUGUUGUUGUCUUUCUGCUACUGUGGAAGGGUGAGCAGGAUUCAGAAUUCUCAAUAAACUUCUAUUUUCUUUUCAUA